GGCGGGGCCGGCCUGGCUGUCCCGGCGCCGCUCGCACGGCCGGCCCCGCUCCGCCCGCCAGCCCGGCCCCGGCCCCGCCGCCCAUGGGGAGCACGGCCCGGCGGCGGCCCGGCAGCAGGAGGCAGCGGGGAGGCUCCCCCGGCGGCCCCGCUCGCCCCUAGCCCGGCGGGGCAUGCCCGGCCCCAGGAUGCCGGCCUGGGGGAUCCUGCCCGUCACGCUGCCUGCCUUCACCAUCACCGGCAUGUGGAUCGUAUAUGCCAUGGCACUGUCCAACAACCACAUCUGCCCUGUCCACAACUGGAGUUACAACCAGUCAUGUGACAUGGAUGGCCCCAGCUCCUGCUGCACGCUGGAUCACAUCCCCCUUGUCAGCAAGUGUGGCACCCUGCCUCCCGAGAGCUGCUUCUUCAGCCUCAUCUGCAGCCUGGGCUCCUUCAUGGUCAUCCUGGUGGGACUGCUGCGCUAUGCCCACCUCCUGGAGCGCCUGGGGCCAUCCCUCCUCAACACCCUGGGGCUGGCCACAGGCUGGGUCUGCGCUGCUGGCCUCACCAUGGUUGGCAACUUUCAGGUGGAUCACGCCAAGGUGCUACACUACAUUGGGGCGGGGGUGGCCUUUCCCACCAGCAUGCUGUUCCUGCUGCUGCAGUCCAUCCUCACCUACCGCAUGGCCAGAACCCGAGGGCAGUACUGGACCGGCCACUUGCGUAGCAUCCUCACCACUGUGGCCUUCUUCACCCUUGUCUUCAGUGGUGUGUUCUUCAUCCAGGAGAGCUUUGUGCUACAGCACGUGGCUGCCUUGUGUGAGUGGAUGUUCAUCAUUGAUGUCCUGGUUUUCUAUGGCACGUUCACCUUUGAGUUUGGGGCCAUCUCCACAGACACCUUCCUGGUCCUGCUGAAAGCCAGCCGGGCUCCCAAGAGUUACAAAGGCGAGAGCAGCCUGUCCAGUAUGGCCCACAUCCACAGCCACGUGGAGGGCCUGGCUAUGGCCUGACCCCCACAGGAGGCAGCCCACAGUGGAGACCCCAAACUGGGCUCCGACAGUGACUCCCCACCCCGAGUAUCUCUGAAAACCCCGCUGCCAUGUGUGUGUGUGUGUGUGUGUGUGUGUGGGUCUGCAGUGCCCUCCACUCUCAGCAGGAGCUGUGUCCUGCACUCCUCUGGCAGGUCCUGCAAGAGCUGUCCUCUCCCUGCCCACAGGGUUUGGGGUCACUGCUGGGGUAUGGGGAUGCCAACCUGGUGCUAUCAGCAGAGACAGGAUCUGCCCCUGAGCCUCUGGGUAGCCUGGUCUGAGUCAGGCUGCUGAAGGCAAUCAUAACAGAGGCUUGCUCCUGUAAGGGUAAUGGGGGAAUAGGGGGCUCACCCUCUGUUCACCACACAAGCCUGGUGUGCUGGAAGGGGACGAGAUCUGUGUUCUUCCCUCCUUCACGGGGUAAGGUUCAGCUGAGCAAGCCUUCCAGCUGGCUACCAUGACUGCCAGAGGAGCCAAAAACACAGAGUGCCUUUUCCCUUCCUUGGAAGUGACUGCACUGCCAGUCUGUCUGCAGCCCCAGUGAGGAUCUCCCUGCUUGCCUUCCCAGGGGGUCGUGUCUCUGCAGGAUGAUUCCAGCAGCCCCAGCUGGACUGUGCUGACCCCCCCAUUCCAGGGCUCUCACUGCUCAGGGCUUCUAUGCCAUCAGUAAGUGACUUUCCCCACAUGUUUUUUUCAGCUUUGAGAAUUGCUGAGGCAGGUUUCACCUUCCUGGUCACAGCAUUCCCCUGCUUCCAGCUAGUUUGGGAAAUGAGUCUCCAAAUUUACUGUUAUUCGGGGGAUGUCCUGCAGGCACCGUGCCUGCAGAGCAGUGAACUUCCGCUCUGUGCCACUGCCAGCCAGGGAGCGUCCCAGGGAGUGCAGCCAUGGGAAGGGGAAGCACUUCUGUAGGAACAGAGGAAAUGUGUGCUCCAUUCUUCUGGGACUCCCAAAUCCGUCCUCUGGUGCCUUGGCCGCUGCCUGCCUGGCGGGAGCCCAUCCUGCUCAACUGCAGCAUCCUUGGGCUGAGACACAUCCCGGGGUUGGGGUGUUGAGGGGUGUGAGUGCUGUGUGUGCAUGCCUGUGUGUGUAUAUGUACAGAUCUACAAAUAUAUAUAUAUAUACAUACAUAUAUAUAUAUAUAUAUUUAUAUAUAUAUAAAUUCCCUUGUCCCUGGAGAGGGGCAUUUACUGCUGCUGCUGCUGCUGUACGCAUUGAUCAAGUUGGGCUUUCCUAUUUGCCCACCUUUUCCAAACCAUCCUGUAAAUCCACCAGUAUACGUAGUUCAGAGAGGAGCCUUUCUGACUUUUGUAUCUAAUAUAUUUUUUAAAAAGUAUAUAUAAAGACAACAGUGAAUUUACAAUAAUAAAAGUGAAAAUCAGC